AUGGCCAAAAUGGAGGUCAAGACAUCACUUUUAGACAACAUGAUAGGGGUGGGAGAUAUGGUUCUUUUAGAGCCACUCGAUGAAGAUUCGUUCAUCAAUAAUCUGAAGAAGCGCUUUGAUCACAAUGAAGUAUAUACAUACAUUGGCAGUGUGGUGAUAUCAAUAAACCCCUACAGACCUCUACCCAUUUAUACUCCAGAGAAAGUGGAAGAAUACAGAAACCGAAACUUUUAUGAACUCAGUCCUCACAUCUUUGCUCUGUCAGAUGAAGCAUACAGAUCUUUAAGGGACCAGGACAAAGACCAGUGCAUCCUUAUUACAGGAGAGAGCGGAGCUGGAAAAACAGAGGCGAGCAAACUUGUCAUGUCAUAUGUAGCUGCUGUGUGUGGAAAAGGGGCAGAGGUUAAUCAAGUGAAAGAACAACUUUUGCAGUCAAAUCCAGUUCUUGAAGCUUUCGGAAAUGCCAAAACUGUGAGGAACGACAACUCGUCUAGAUUUGGAAAAUAUAUGGAUAUUGAGUUCGAUUUCAAGGGUGACCCACUUGGAGGAGUUAUAAGCAACUAUCUGCUAGAGAAGUCUCGUGUUGUUAAGCAGACAAGAGGUGAAAGAAACUUUCACAUUUUCUAUCAGAUACUGUCUGGUGCCUCAGAAGAUUUCCUGU